AUGGCGGCACAAUCGGUUGUGCAGUCAUCCUCAGAAUGGCGUACAACGCCAACACACAUACGGUUCGACUUUACGGCAGAGGCUGCUCUGAUUGUGGUCAGAGCAGCUACCGCCAAACACAAAUACUCAGCACUUGGCUUUCUGGACUCGCCUGGUGAAGUCCGAAACCUGGUCUACGUCUCUGUGAUCGAGGAUCUGCCAUGCGAUCCUGAUUUGAACCUCUACAACUUCCGCAUACCGAUUCCAAACAUGGCAUUAGCGUGUAAGCAGAUCUUCAGGGAACUUGUGAGUGUUCGGUUUGCAAAGUAUGACUCUGGGUUUUGGUGGCAAGGUCACGAGUCUGGCGGUGCCUUGAAUUUCUCUAUCACGCAAGUCCCAAUGCUCUCAAGAGCUACUCAGCGUUGGGCGGACAGAUGUGCUGAGCUGGGUGCACAUCUCAGCUUCAAGCAUCUGGUGUUCUAUGCACCUUCUAGUCAUGGCACGGAACCGGCAGCCAGGCGUCAUACAUGGAUCAUCGGUGUGAGAGAUGACACAGUUCGUGUCGAACUUGCCCCUCUCACGGGAGCAAUGGAGUGCGUGGAGAUCUUAGAGGACAACUCGACGAAAGGGUUGACAGAUAUCAUGCAUCAGCACGGCACAAGAUUGCUGGGCAUUCCUGAGCUUGAGGCAUUCCGUCUUCUACUUGGUCGCUUCAAUCUGCAUCAACACUUUGAGGGCAGAUCAGUCAGUCCUCGAGCACUUAUGUCUAAGGACCCCGAAAUGAUCAGGCUCAAAGCUACAUAUCUUGGUUGUCACCUUGAAAGCCAUCCAUGGGAGUUCUACACGAGGNNAGAUGUUGACAAGAAAACGCAUGGAAGUUGA